AACAUGCAUGGUUUUUAAUCUUCAUUUCAUCUUUCUUGUUGCUUUAAUUUCCUGGCCUUUUCUUUUAGUUUCCUUGCUACAACCCUCUCGUGGGGGUCCUUCAAUGUGAUUUGGGGGACCCUAGUCUUAAUUUGAUUUGGCCAAUUCUUGUCAAUUAAAUUAACACAAUACACCAUCAUCCAAGACAGAUAUUUUGUUUUGCCAUUUGGUUUUUUAGAACAAAUUAAAGACUUAAUUCUAUAGAAGAGGAACAUAAAUUAAUUAAUCAUUUUGUUAAUUUAAUUAACUUAUUAAUUAAUUUGAUCCUCUUGGAUCGGAGCUGGAGGGGUGUUUAUUUAAUUUGAUCUAGAAUGGUUGAUUGCCUGAAUUGCUUCCCGUGUUUUAGCUCUCAGAAAAGUAAAAAGAGUAAUAGCAAGAGGGAAGGGUCUCCUGCGGAAGAUAAUUUUGUUGCAAAACCACCUGAUAUGAAAAAUAAAAGACCUGAAGAUGCAGCCGCAAUUGAUCCUGCAAACAUAAAGGCAAAACAUUACACAUUCCGUGAGCUGGCAACAGCAACAAAGAACUUCCGUCAAGAAUGCCUCCUUGGUGAAGGAGGCUUUGGCAGAGUCUACAAGGGCGUCAUCCCUGCUACCGGCCAGACUGUGGCUGUGAAGCAACUUGACCGAAAUGGUAUGAAUGGCAAUAAGGAGUUUCUGGCUGAGGUUUAUACGCUAAGUCAGUUGAACCAUGAAAACAUUGUCAACCUCGUUGGUUAUUGUGCUGAUGGUGAUCAACGUCUAUUGGUGUAUGAGUUCGUUCAAGGCACUGCUCUAGACAAACGUCUUCUUGAGAACAAAGGGGAUCAACCUCCACUAAAUUGGUACACCAGAAUGAAAGUGGCAGCGUCGGCGGCGAGAGGGCUAGAGUACUUGCAUGACAAUGCCAAUCCUCCAAUAAUAUUCAAGGACUUGAAACCCUCUGAUAUACUGCUGGAUGGAGACAAUAAUGCUAAGCUGUUUGGUUUUGGUCUGGGACAGCAUGGAAAUGACAUGAACCUUGCACCUACAAGGGUUAUGGGAACUUAUGGUUACUCUGCUCCUGAGUAUGUCAGGACGGGUCAACUUACCAUGAAGUCUGACGUCUACAGUUUCGGGGUAGUAUUGCUUGAGCUCAUAACUGGACGCCAAGCGGUCGACACCACAAGGCCAAAUGAUGAGCAAAACCUUGUUUCUUGGGCACAACCCAUAUUCAAAGAUCCAAAGAGAUUUCCGGACAUGGCAGAUCCAAAUCUUGGCAAAAACUUCCCAGAAAAGGAUCUGAACCAAGCUGUUGCAAUAGCAGCAAUGUGCUUACAAGAAGAAGCCGAAGCGCGUCCUUUGAUGAGCGAUGUUGUCACUGCUCUGAGUUUCCUUUCCACUGUUCCUCCUCCGGGGGCUGUGCCGAUUCCAAAGGCCCCCUCGGUGGCCUCCAAAAAGAACUCUAAAGGCAAAGAAGACUAUAGCAAAAGCGAAAGCGAAAGGGAAAGCGAAGGUGAAAGCGAAAGUGAACGAGGAAGCCUCAGUGGAAGCGACAGCUCUUACUCCCGUGCAAGUAGCAGGAGAACAAUGAGUAGAACAUACACUUCAGAUUCAGAUGGAAGCUAUUCCUCCAGCAGCUAUCAGAGCGAAAGCAGCAUCUCCGACCACAAAGCAAGCACCAAGAUAACAAGCAGAAAGCAUUCUUCUAGAGACGCCAGCAAAAAGCAUAGCAGCAGAAAACAUUCUACCAAAGAUAUAAGCAACAAGAGCACAAAGAAACCCUCUCUUGUUGAAAAGGGCGACAAAAAAUCCUCUGAAUUGAGGAAGAAGAGCACCAAGAAAUCGUCCAAGGCUUCCGGCCACAAGAGCAGCAAAAAAACCUCUCUGAAAAUCUUGAGCCAAAAGAGUAGCAAAAAGUCGGAAGAUGAAAGCAUCUUCAUUAGCAGAAAUAGCAGCAGCAGCGUGAUCUCGGCCGACGAGAUACUGGAGCACAUGGGAAGCAGGGAAUACGGGAAUAUAUCUUUUGGUCUCAUAAGCAGCGAGAGUAUUACCAGCAACAGAUCUGAAGAUUAAAGAUUGCCGUAUUUUAGAUCAGUGGUGGGUGAAGGUUAACAUUCGCCUUUCCGCCGGUUGGAAACUUUCAAGGCAUGUGCAAAAUACUUUAAUUUUUUUCUGUCAAAGUAGCGUCUCUUUGGUUUUUUCUCUUUCCUUUCCUCUUUUUAUUUUUUUGAGCAAUGCAACAUGUGUGGAA